AUGGAUCAGAGAAACCCUAGGGACUUAGAAACCAACGGAAGCGAUGAAGAUGUGGAGGCCCACCAUGGCCGACGUCAGAUCAUCCAUAAGGCCAUGGGAGAGGAAGCCUUCGUGGACACGGCCGUGCCGCCGUGGACGAAGCAGAUAACGGUGAGAUCAAUGGUGACGAGCCUCGUGCUGAGUGUCGUCUUCAACUUCAUCGUCUGCAAACUCAACCUCACCACCGGAGUUAUUCCGUCGCUCAACGUCGCCGCGGGGCUGUUGGGAUUCGCGGUGGUGAAGGGAUACACCGCCGUGCUCGACAAGGCUGGUCUCUUGAAACAGCCCUUCACUCGCCAAGAGAAUACUGUUAUCCAGACUUGCGUUGUCGCUUCCUCCGGAAUCGCCUUUAGCAGUGGCACUGCAAGUUAUUUACUGGGAAUGAGUGCGAACAUAGCGGCUCAAGGAGAAGAAGGAAACACUCCAAUCAACGUCAAGCAACUGUCUCUUGGCUGGAUGAUUGGAUAUCUCUUUGUUGUUAGCUUUGUAGGCUUAUUCUCUAUUGUGCCCCUUAGAAAGAUGAUGAUCAUGAAGUACAAGUUAACAUAUCCAAGUGGAACCGCUACUGCAUACCUCAUCAAUAGCUUUCACACGCCUAAAGGAGCUAAGCUUGCAAAGAAACAAGUUUCAGCUCUCUUCAAAGCGUUCGGUUUUAGUUUUGUGUCUGCGUUUUUCCAGUGGUUCUUCGCUGCGGCUGACGGCUGUGGAUUUUCCAAUUUCCCAACUUUCGGUCUCCAAGCUUACGCACAGAGGUUCUACUAUGAUUUUUCAAUGACAUAUGUUGGUGUUGGCAUGAUUUGCCCUUAUAUGGUAAAUAUAUCUCUGCUUAUUGGAGCUGUCUUGUCCUGGGGAAUCAUGUGGCCUUUAAUUGAACAAAAGAAAGGUGACUGGUACAGUGCUGAAUUAUCUCCCAGCAGUCUUCAUGGCAUCCAAGGUUAUAGGGUUUUCAUUGCGAUCGCCAUGAUGCUUGGAGAUGGCAUAUUCCACGUCGCGUAUAUGCUAUGCAAGACAGGAUACAGCCUAGUAAAACACCAAUUAAACAAGAAAUCACUAGAGUCACCCUCAAGCACCAACUCCGACAUAAGCAGUACUACUUCAACUCCCUCCUCCCCCUGCGCCUCUCCCGCCGCCAGAGCCCUACUCGAAAACUACGAUGAGAAGCGGCGAACCGACUACUUCCUCAAGGACCAAAUCCCCACGUGGGCCGCCAUCAUCGGCUACAUUACCCUCGCCAUCUUAUCCACCAUUACCGUCCCCUUCAUCUUCCCUCAGCUCAUCUGGCACCACGUCCUCGUCGCCUACCUAAUGGCGCCCGUCCUCGCCUUCUGCAACGCCUACGGCUGCGGCCUCACCGACUGGUCCCUCGCCUCCAACUACGGUAAGUUCGCCAUCAUCCUCUUCAGCGCCUGGGUCGGUCUCGACAACGGCGGCAUCGUCGCUGGCCUUGCUUCCUGUGGAGUCAUGAUGAGCAUCGUCUCCACCGCCUCCGACCUCAUGCAGGACUUCAAAACCGGAUACCUAACUCUAUCUUCUCCUCGCGCCAUGUUCUUCAGCCAAGUCAUCGGCACCGCCAUCGGAUGUCUCGUCUCGCCGUUAGUCUUCUGGUUCUUCUACAAGGCCUACAACGUCGGAGAGCCUGGAAGCUCGUACCCGGCGCCGUACGGACUGAUGUAUCGCGGCAUUGCCCUCCUCGGCGUCGAAGGACUCUCAUCGUUUCCCAAAAACUGCUUCUCGCUCUGCAUCGCUUUCUUUGCAUUUGCGGUCGCUUUGAACUUGGCGCGCGAGCUGCUGCAGCGGUUCGAGACCAAGCACAAGAUUUACAGGUUCGUCCCCAGUGCGAUGUGCAUGGCGAUUCCGUUUUAUCUUGGCGGGUACUUCGCCAUUGACAUGUGCUUGGGGAGCUUCAUUCUCUUUGCGUGGCGAAGGUUGAACCAGAGAAAGGCCGACGAGUUAGCGCCGGCGGUUGCGUCGGGGCUCAUCUGCGGCGAGUCGUUGUGGGGAAUUCCGGCCGCGAUUCUCUCCCUCGCCGGUGUCAAUGCGCCCAUCUGCAUGAAGUUCCUCUCUGCUUCGGUCAACAACAAGGUUGAUGGCUUCUUAAAUGGCUAA